AUGACCCGGUUUCCGGACCGACUGUUUGCCUUAGGCAACGAACCGGCGAAUAAAAAGGUGAAUACUUACUUCCAGCUACCUUAUCUCGACACUAUCAGUCAUGCUUUGGAAGAAGAGCAUAUGGAGAAGCUCUCUCUGUCCCAAUUUGGAAAGAUUAUUGAAACAAGCAACAAGAUAGCAUCGUCAGUCAGAUUUCUUCAUUUCAUUUUGUCGAGACAGCUGGUUACGAAAAAAAAAAAAGAGCUUUGGUGCCUCUUUGCUGGGCAGCCAAUUCGCUUUUCUAUCAGAGAGUUUGCUAUUACGACGGGGUUAGAUUGCUCCAAUUUACCACCGCCGAAAAAGUUCAAGGAAGACCAGGUCAAUAAAUAUACCGUUGAAUUAUUUGGUUCUGAGAGGAAUGCAACCCCAGGAUGGAUAGCGAAUACCCUUGCCGGCCGACCGUACAAAGAUAAAGCUACCAGAUUCAAGUUGGCAUGCCUACUCCUCAUAGACCGUAUUGUCUGUCCUACCUCCAAAAAUGCCAAGAUUAGUGCCAAGCACAUCAUGUUGGUACAAGAUGUUGAUAAAUUUCUCGAAUAUCCAUGGGGUCGAAAAUCCUUUGAUCUGACUAUUCACAGCAUCAAAACUAGGACAGCUACGACAUCGUACCUUUCUCAGCCAACCUGUGCUUUUCAGGGUUUUCUACAUGCUUUACAGAUGGUUGUUUUGGAGUGUGCUCCUUCUAUUCUGCAGAAGGAUGUAAAAGUUGUCUACUUACAGGUGGCUGUCACAGCAAUCUUACCGGACGAUGAACACCUGUUGGAUGAUACCGAUUUCGCAUUUGAUGAUGAUGUCCCGGACGAAACCGUAGACAACUUACUCGCAGCAAUCAGUGAUGGCAAGAAAUUUUCUAGGAAGACAUGGAAUGGCGGUGAAAGUGCAAGUCUUCUUCAAAACCAGCCAAAUGCACCAGCGUCAUCGUCUCGGAACACAUCUUCUGAUGUGGAUUUAGAUUCUGCUGCUUCUUCCAUGCUUGAAAAGGUUGUACGUGAGACCGGGUUUGUAUUAUCAGAGAUUAAAAGUCUUCGUACCGAGUUUGUUGACCUUCGUUCCAAAGUAUCUUCCACUUUGAGUACCUUUAAGGAUUAUAUUCGGAGCCAACAGGAUCUUUCGCCUAAAGUUCGAGAACCUGCUAAGCGACCGCUUGGCCGUAGGGUCAAGUCCAUUCCACUAAGAGCCAAGCACGUACGAUUUCAACAGGUUUCUUCGUCCGAGGAGUCCAAGUCCUCAGAUCCAUCAAAAGAAGAUGACGGCGAUGACGGUACAAAGAACAAGGAUUCAAGCAGUCCUUCUACCGAAAGUGACGACGUUGUGGAUACCAAUGUCGGUGAUGUUGUUGAAAUUUACGAUGGUGAUGCCCAUGAAGAUAGAAGGGAACCUGACGCUGAGGGAUCUGGAGAUGUUGGCGAAGUGGGUAAACAAAUGCCAGUUGACGUUGAUGAUGUCCAAGACGCUGCUACACUCGCGAGCAACCAGAUUGCGAGUGUGCUGUCUGAUUUAUCAGACCAAGUUAAUGUAGAGCCGUCAAUAAUCCAGCCUGUUCCAUCACCACCACCAUAUGUUGUACAGCCGAGGGACCAAACCGGUGCCGAUAAAGUUGUCCCACCUGUUGUUACCAACGAAGAAACCGAUGCUGCUGAAGAUGUCCAACCUGUUGUUACCAACGACGGAACCGAUGCUGCUAAAGAGGUUUCACCUGUUGACAUGAACAACCAAACCAGCCCGCAGGAAGAUGUGACACCUGUUCAGACCAACGACCAAACAGUCCCCCAGAAAGAAGUACCACCAGAACCCCAGAUCAUGCUGGAGACUCAACACACUAUUCCUGAAUCUGCGAUCUCAGCCGGCACAAAGAUGGAAACGGGAUUGGGAGAUGAUGUCCCAAAUGCCCAGAAAGAGAUCAAAAUUCCAGCAGGCGUUGAUCCUCCUGUGUGGUCAUUGGGUCUUACACAGGAAGAGAAAAAUAUGGUCCAAACAUCUAAGACUGGAGGUGAAGAACAGGGAGCUAUUCGCAAGAGUAAACGACAACCCGUCCCUUCGUCACAGAUGACCGACUAUAUAGUCCCACGAACUAAACGCCCGAAGAAGUCUGAUAAAUCAAUUGACAUGUCGCAUUGGUUUCCUACACAAAACUUCGAACAAGUCAUCCUCCUACAAAAUAGAAUGAAAGAUACUCGGACUUUUCCUAGUUGGAAUGGGAUUGUCCUCUCUGUCAACAUUUUGAAAGAAAUUGUUGACCUGAAAUUCCCGAUCUCCGUGAUGUCUAUCGACAGCAUUAUUAGGUUAUUCUGUCAUCAACUGGCGGAAUUGAACGACGAUCGGUGCACUUAUGACUUUGUCGAGUACACGUUCCUUCACGGCAUCGUUGAACUUCUUCCGCAUUUCACAAAUCCCCCGAAGAAGAAACUUGUCUCACUCCCUCCUGGUUCAGCUGCAUACGUCAAAGCCAGGCGCUCAUGGUACACUCAGGUUGCGCGGAUUUAUUGCCCUUUUCAAGUGGAUGACCGAUACUGGGUGGGGCUUUGCAUCGAUUUUGAAAGCCACGAGAUUCUGAUAGUUAACUAUUUUUCUGCACGACCAGGUCAUUUGGGUGUGCUGGCACUCAUGUCUAUUCAGUUGCACGCUGCAAAUGUGCCUCUGGACAAUGCUGUGGGUGAUGAUGUUGUUCGUGACGCUUCCCUGAAGUUUGCUUAUGAUCUCCUAUGUUUGAUCGAACUGCCUUCUCUAGCUAAUGUCGUAAUUCCAAAGGACCCUGCGGCUUGA